AUGCAUCCAAUAAAGAGACCUCUCUACCAGGAGUCAAAGGCCGUUGGUUCUGCAAAAUUGGAUCACAGUGGUGAUCUAUUGCCUAAUCCUGCUGAAUAUCGCUCUAUUGAGGGGGCUCUCCAGUAUCUUACUUGGACUAGGCUUGAUCUCUCAUAUGCAGUCAAUCAGCGAGCUACUAAUGUUCUAUCUCUGCAAGCCUACUCUGAUGCAGAUUGGGCAGGUUGCCCUUAUGAUCGACGAUCUACCGGAGGUUAUUGCAUCUUUCUAGGAUCUACUCUCAUUAGUUGGAGUGCAAAGAAGCAAUCAUCCGUGGCAAGAUCCUCAACUAAAGCUGAGUACAGAUCACUCUCUUUAACAGCAGCUGAGCUUUCCUGGAUUGCAAAGUUAUUUGCAGAUAUUGGUUACAAACUUCCCUCUCUUCCAGUCUUAUGGUGUGAUAAUAUAUCUGCCAUAGCGCUAUCAAAUAAUCAUGUGUUUCAUUCUAGAACGAAACAUUUUGAGCUAGAUUUCCACUACAUUAGAGAACAGGUUCUCAAUCAAAAAUUGACUGUGAAGUAUGUUUGUAGUCAAGACCAAAUUGCUGACAUUCACACCAAGUCUUUGAGCAAGCAACGUUUCCUUUUUCUCAGCAAUUGUUUGACGAAAUGCCUGAGAGAAAUUGGGUUUGAGGAUGCUUUUGAUAUGUUCCAGCGGAUGCGAUGUGAGAGCAAUAAGAAGCCUGAUGAGGCUCGUACGGUGGUAAGCACCCUUUCGGCUUGCACAGCAUUGAAAAAUUUGGAGCUUGGUAAACAAAUUCACGACUAUGUUAAAAGUGAGCUUAAAUUGACUACUAUAAUCGGAAAUGCAUUGUUGAACAUGUAUGCUAAGUGUGGUUGUUUGAAUGAAGGCCAGCGAAUUUUUGAUGAGAUACCAUCGAAAAACGUGAUCUGUUGUACUAGUAUGGUGUCUGGGUCUGUAAAUUGUGGUAGGCUGGAUGAGGCUAGAGAGGUUUUUGAUGGGAGUUCAAUUAAGGAUGCUGUUCUAUGGACCGCUAUGAUUAAUGGGUAUGUGCAAUAUAACCGUUUUGAUGAGGCGGUGGCUCUAUUCCAAGAGAUGCAAAUUAGAAGAGUUAAAGGAGAUAAAUUUACAGCGGUUACUCUCCCCACAGGCUGUGCUCAGUCGGGAGCAUUAGAGCAAGGGAAAUGGAUUCACAGGUACAUAGAUGAAAACGGAAUUAAGAUUGAUGCAGUUGUUGGUACUGCUCUUAUUGAAAUGUAUGCAAAAUGUGGGUGCAUAGACAAAUCCUUGGAGAUUUUCAAUGGAUUAAGGGAAAAAGAUGCAGCCUGUUGGACUUCAAUCAUUUGUGGGCUUGCAAAGAAUGGCAAGGCAAGCAAAGCAGUCGAGUUGUUCUCAGAAAUGAUACAGAUUGGCAUCAACCCUGAUGACAUUACCCUCAUUGCUGUUCUAAGUGCUUGCAGUCGUGGAGGGUUGGUUGACGAGGGCCGUAAGUUCUUCAACUCCAUGAGAAAGAUGUAUGAAAUUGAGCCAAAGUUAGAACACUAUGCUUGUCUGGUCGACCUCCUUGGUCGAGCUGGACUGUUAGAUGAUGAAGAGGAGAUGAUAGAGCGGGUUCCAAGUGAAAACAAUAAGAUUAUGAUUCCACUUUAUGGUGCUUUGCUUAGUGCUUGCAGAAUCCCUGGCAAUGUUGAGAUGGGUGAAAGAGUGGCUAAAAGGCUAGCGGAUAUUGAAUCAAGCGGCUCUAGUGUUCACACGCUUUUUCUAGCCAAUACGUACGCCUCUGCCGACAGAUGGGAAGAUGUAACAAAGGUGAGAAGGAAGAUGAAAGAUCUUGGAGUUAGAAAGGUGCCUGGGAGCAGUUCAAUUGAGAUUGAUGGCAUUGUCCAUGAGUUUAUUGUUGGUGACAGAGAUUAA